CGCCGGCCAGACGAGUCGCAUUCGCGUCGAGACUCCGAUAGCCAUCGGUACCUUAUCGCGUCGCUAACUUGAUCGAAGAUGUGGCCACUGCCAUAAAUCUCCUGCCGGCGAUCCAGCGAUAAGUGCUUGGUUAGAUUUCCCCAAAAGCGCGGACACAUUCGUCAGUAGCACCGCGAUCGCCGUCGAGGGCGGACACAUUCGAUAUGUCCAUGUCCUGGUCAAAGACUUUCGUGGCAUUCACCGUCGCCUGGCUGAGCACUCUGUGCCUGCUGCCCGUGGAGACAUUCUGCGACACCUCCUACUACGAGAAGUACUAUGCGGCCCGACGCUAUGUGCCGCUCAAGCGGAAUGCCCCGCUGCUCUACAACUUUACGCUGACGCUGCCGGAUACAGCUGAAGGUCAACUGGCGGCUUUUGAGCGCCCAGCUUUGGUGGGCAACUUGCCUGUUCUGGGCGCCUGGCAGGCAGGCCAGGCUGUUCUCCUCAAUCGCACUGACACGCACAACGUGUGGACCGCGUCCGUAGAAAUCCCCCAGAACAGCAGCGUGGAAUACCGUUUCUUUGCGGCUGCAGUGGGUCAGAGUGGCGCGGUUCAGGUGCGUCGCUGGGAGUCGCAUGUCGUGGCCAGGACUUUUAACACCACAAAGUUUCCUGGAAACCGCAGCGACGAGUUUGGACUCAUUGGAUCGGAACGACAGCUGUCGCGUGGCUGGCUCCAGGACUCUGGCAGCAUUCUCCAACUAAAGGUGUUCCGCGAUGUCCUGACUCUGGAGGAGCAACCGGAGGAGGGACGCGGCCAGCUGCGCCUGCGAUUGCAGCCCGUGGAUCCGAAGACCCUGGCACCCAUCCUUAGCUCGGCUCGCGCCAAUGUGGAGUACGUGCGAAUGUCCUACGGGGACAGCAAGCUGCGUGUCCAACCGGAAUACGGAGUGCCCUUCUCCGCCGCAGAUAUCCUGAUGUUCCACGUGGGUCUCGAGCAGUUGGAACAAGUGGCUUACCUGGUGGAAGUCUAUGCCGAGCAGGCUGAAGAAAGCCUGGUUCGUUUGCUGGGCUACGCCCAUCUGCAGCCUACUUCCCUGUCUGGUAGUGAUGGUGCUCUCUCCGUCACCCUGAUCUCUCCGCUCUGGCAGCGAGUGGUGGGCGUGCUCCGACUGGAGUACCUGCUCAUCCGACCCAUGGAACAGGACGGCUUCGACCUGCGCACCAGCUUCGCCAACUACUGGCGAAGCAACUGGACGGCUCUGGAGAUUGGCCACCGGGGACUGGGCAAGAGUCUGACGGUAACCUCGAAUGCGGCUCCCCUAAUAGAGAAUACGGUGGCCUCAAUGCUGGCCUCCUCCGAAUUGGGAGCAGAUUUUGUAGAGUUUGACGUCCAGCUCACCAGCGACCUGGUGCCCAUCAUUCACCAUGAUUUCUCCAUCCGCGUGUGCAUCGACUCCAAGACGCCCACGAGCCGCGACGACCUGACAGAGGUGCUACUGAAGGACAUCAAAUACGAGCAGCUGAAGGAGCUGAAGACCUACCAGAUUGUAGGAAACAAAAUCGUGGAGUAUCCGGCGCACAACAACGUGGAACCGCCGGAACAGCGCCUUUUCCCCACCCUGCAGGACUUCUUCGAGCGCGUGAACCAAACCACCGGCUUCGACAUCGAGAUCAAGUGGCCCCAGCAGAAGGCAGAUGGUCAGUUUGAGAGCGAGCAGACGCUGGACAAGAACCUGUUUGUGGACCGCAUCCUGGCGGUGGUGCGACGACACGGCUGCGGACGGCUCAAUGUGAUCAAGAGCUUCGACGCGGACCUGUGCUCCCUGCUGCGCUUUAAGCAGCACAUGUACCCGGUGCUCUUCCUCUCCAGCAGCAAGGAGAAUGCCUUCAGCGAUCCGCGCGCCAGCACUGUGGAGCAGAGCGUAAACUUUGCCCAGGCCUUCGAUUUGGGUGGAGUUUCGCCCAAUGCCGUCUUCUUCAAGGCGGACCCUUCGUUGGUGCAACGUUGCAAGGCCCAGGUUCCCAUUGUCCUGCUCUGGGGCUCGGACCUCAAGGAUCGCACCUCCAUUGACUCGUUCUUGCAGCAAGGACCCACUGGUGUUAUCUACGACCGGCUGGAUCUCUGGCUGGGCGCUAAUCGGACGAGUGCCUUCGAGGCGGAGCAGGAUCUGCCGGACUACUUCCAGCUCCAGUGCGAUCCGGUGGCCAAGGAGCGCGAAGUGAACGCCACCGUUGAGAGCAUUCUGAGUAACGUUAACCUCCUGUAAAACCAAAGUUGUGUAACCCCAAAAAAAACCGAUAUUUAAGCCAAGCAAUAAACGCGAUUAAAAUAA